CUUUGUAUUCUCGAACCAAUAUGGCGUCCAACGAAGACUGGCGUACUCCAGCUUUCCGCCAAAAAGUUAUUUCUCAGAUCGAGGAAGCAGUAAAAAGAUCGGGGAAUCCCAAUGUAAUGAUGAAGAACCCCAGUGACAUGGAAAAUCAAGUAUUUCUGAAGGCUAAAACAAGGGUUGAAUACCUAGCAUAUGUCGCUCGUCUUUUGGUUUAUAUUCGGGACAUACGGCCAACUGCCCCUGGGCAACAGCAGGCACAGGCAGCAACCAUGAAUCAGCCUGGAAUGAGUCGAGGACUGCAAUUUCCCUCAUCUCAGCUCAACAAGCCACAGGCUGUGAGCACCAUUGGUGCACAGAGUACCUUGCAACAGGUGGUACCCCUGGGUCAGGUCCAGCAGUCACCAAUGGCACCUCAACAGGUCUUUUAUAAUAAAUCAGGAAUAACCCAAGAACAGAUUCUUGCCCAGCACCUUCAGCAUCAACAGCAACAAACACCCCAGCAACAUCAACUAACCUCUCAAUCUAUGAUGACGCCACAAGCUAUGAGUGUAAACUCUCAGAAUCAGGGGGGACAUCACCAAAUAAGCCAAUCACAAUCUUAUGUUCCUCCUAAUCAAGGGGCAUCUCCAAUGCCUGUUCAACAGCAAUCUGUCCAUCAAGUACCACAGUCCAAACAUCCUGUUCAAGGAAGAAUGCCACAUGUUCCAUCCCCAGCUGCAGGGCAAAACAUAUCAUCGAAUUCAAUGCGAGCACCUACUCCUUCAUCUAGUCUGACAAGCCAGGCCACCAUUGCCCCAUCACCUGCUCCUUUUGUUCCAUCACCUGCAACGCACCCAUCACCCUCCCCUCAGCAUUACAUACCAGCUUCACCAGCUGCCCCUACAUCAGUCCCAACUCCUAGUACGAUGAAUGUUCAGUCACCAGCCUCUGUUCCAAACCCUGCAUCGGUAGGGCCCCCAGCAGCCAGCCCCGCUCAACUGAACCCAGCUGAAGAACAGGCUUAUUUGGAUAAGCUGAAUGAACUGAAACCCUAUGUUGAACCACUGACAAAGAUGAUAAACAAGUUGAACCGAGCCUCAGGGGAGAAAGAACACAGUAGUUUAUACAAACUAAAGCAUCUUUAUGAUAUACUGACAAACCCAGCUAAAAGGCUUCCUUUGCAAGCUUUGGAAAACAGUGGAAAUGUGCUGAAAAAGCUUAUCCCAAUAACUACACCACCAGCCCCUCCAACACCAUCUGGUAACGCAACUUCCUCAGCCUCCACCACAUCUGUUGUAACAACUACAAGUCAAGCUGUUCCAGUAGUGCCAUCAGCUCCCAUCCAGACAAUCUACAAACCUCUUUUUGAUGCAGUUACAAAGCAUGCCAAGUCACCCAUGUUGGGCCACACCCUAAAGAGGACAUUUACUCCGCUGCUGCAAGCUAUGGAAGGACCACCCAUACUUCCUAUUCCCCCUCCAGCCAAGAGGGUCAAGGUAACUGGUGAAAUUCCAAAGAAGUGUACUGUUCCACAUGUGUUGCAAGGGGAACUUGCCAGAUUAUGCAGCCGAUUUCAAGUGAGGUCAGGAGCCAGCUCUGGAGCAGUACAGAGUAACACACUUCUUGAGUGUUCAAUAAAUGACCUGAACCUGCCAGCAGUUCCACCAAUAGAAAUCAGUGUUCCACAGAACUACCCUUACUCCAGUCCUGAGUGCAAAACAGCAAAUUACAAUGCCAAUCCUUUCCUCCAGAAAGUCCAAAGGCAGCUCUCUUCAAAGCUAAAGUGUAUGCCUGAAAUGUACUCUGUUACAUCAGUCCUGAAUGCAUGGGAAUCAAGCAUACGACAAGCUUGUCUUGCAGAAGUUGCAGUGAACUAAGAUAAUGGGUCUUAGAACUAAGGUUAAAUUAUGUUAUAAAGUAAUUUCAAAUCGCAUCAGAGAUGUAUUUCAACAGAAAAGUUAGAUAUUUAUUUGUGUAGAAACCCUUAAGAAAUCACCAUGAAAAAUGUAGUCAGACUACAAAAAUGUCACUUUUUUGAAUAAAAUGUAUUCUAUAAACUUCUUUUGUGUAAGAGAGGGAACUGUCAGAACACACAUUGUCUCAUAUCCUUUGGCAAUCAAUUUGUCUGUUUCUUAUUUUAGCAAUCAGUGUUUAACAGAAAAUAUUGUACUCUAAAUACUUCAGUACUUAAGACAAUUUUUGGCAUGAUUUUGAUCUAUUUAUUUGCCGUGCUAGCUGGUAAAUGAUAAUUUACAAUAAAAUAAAUUGAUCAACUGACAAAAUAUAAUAUUGUGUUAUAUUC